AAGUCCAGCGCAGAAAUGAGUUUUCCUCCACAGCUCAUAAACCCUAAACCUCUACCUUGAAGUUCAACCCAUUUUUCUCUGCACCUCUCAGCUUUCCAUUUCUUCACAAUGGGUAGCAGCCAAGCCGCCGUGUCUUUUCUCACCAAUAUUGCUCGUGCUGCUUUCGGUCUCGGCGCUGCUGCAUCGGCUCUCAGUGCCUCGCUUUACACCGUCGACGGUGGUGAAAGGGCAGUCCUCUUUGAUCGCUUCCGGGGUGUAAUCGACGACACUGUCGGUGAAGGAACACACUUCUUGAUUCCAUGGCUGCAAAAGCCCUUUGUAUUUGAUAUUCGUACCAGACCUCACACUUUCUCGUCUAUUUCCGGUACCAAAGAUCUUCAGAUGGUAAAUCUGACCCUACGUGUUCUCUCUCGCCCUGAGAUUUCUCGCCUUCCCGAUAUUUUCAAAACCCUAGGUCUAGAGUACGACGAGAAGGUCCUCCCUUCUAUUGGAAAUGAGGUUCUGAAGGCCGUCGUCGCUCAAUUCAACGCCGAUCAGCUUUUGACGGAGCGGCCUCACGUUUCUGCUCUUGUGCGCGAGAGCUUGAUUCGACGGGCUAAGGACUUCAACAUUGUGCUGGAUGACGUUGCCAUCACUCAUCUGUCCUAUAGCCCAGAGUUCUCUAAGGCAGUGGAGCAAAAGCAGGUAGCGCAGCAAGAGGCUGAGCGGUCAAAAUUUGUUGUAGCGAAAGCCGAACAGGAAAGAAGGGCCGCGAUUAUCAGGGCUGAGGGUGAGAGCGAGUCAGCUAAGUUGAUUUCUGAUGCUACGUCGGCCGCUGGUAUGGGUUUGAUUGAGCUCAGGAGAAUUGAAGCAUCAAGGGAGAUCGCAUCCACCCUCGCCAAGUCGCCAAAUGUGGCAUACCUGCCCGGUGGUCAGAACAUGAUGUUGGCUCUGAACCCGUCUCGUUGAACGAAUUGGUAAUGAACUUCCCUGACCUUUUUUUUUUGUUGUUGUCAUAAAUCGAUGUUUCUGUUGUUGCUUUGUUCUAGAAUGGAAUGGUUUUCACUUCUUGAAACUAUGGUUGAACUUGUCACUCGGCAUUCUUUUAGUUUUACAAUUCAAUGUUGCCACUGUUCUCUGGAUCUGUCAAAAUGUGGUUUCAUUAUUGGUGGGACUGAUCUAGUGGAUAACUCAUGUAUGGAAUCACAACGGCAAAAAUUUGCAAAAAAAAUAAUGAAAUAUGGAGAGUUUAGCUUGUA